CCUGGAAACUGCUGUUUGGAGGGAGACUUAAGUCAGGGGAGGAACGGAAGACUUUGCUUUUAUUACUCCCACGUUGUCAUCUGCCAGUGGAAAGAGCAUUUUAGACCUUAUUGGAAGACUGGAGAGGACUAGCUGCUACUCAGUCGGUUAACCUAAAACGGCAAACUUAGCUGGCUAGCUGUAUGAAUUAUCGCACCUUACAAACGUGACUGGGACGGUGUGCGCGGGCUUGGGUUUCACAGUUAGCAUCAUGACCCAACAAGGAGCAGCGUUGCAAACCUACAACAACGAACUCGUAAAGUGCAUCGAGGAGUUGUGCUCGAAGCGGGACGAGCUGCAGCAUCAGAUUCAGCAGGAGGAGGAAGAGAAGGCGCGGCUGCAGCACGACGUCCGCGUGCUUACCGAGAAGCUGAGCCGCGUCAACGAAAGCCUCGCCCGCCGACUGGCCGCGCGCGCCGACUUUGACCGCACCAUCGCUGAGACAGAGGCUGCUUACAUGAAGAUUCUAGAAAGUUCUCAGACGCUGCUGAGUGUUUUAAAGAAGGAGACGGGAAACCUCACCAAAGCGACCGAACCCAGAGGAGGCAAAGAUCACUGACUUUUCACUGACUUCUUUUUCUGCCUGUUGCCUGUGAUCUGUGGAAACACACUAGCAUUCAACCCUAACAUCCUGUCUCUUACCUCGCACUUGUCUAUGUAUAUUACUAUUUAUGUGUGUCUGUCUUUCAGAAUUUGUCUUUUGUUCCCCCAUAUAUGUCUUUUAUUUAUAUGGAAAGUUUUUAAUAAAGAUUAUUUAGUGUG